UAUUAACCUGACGGGAAAUUGUCAUCAUUUUGGAAUAGUCUGUAGUUUUAUCUAACUUCGCACGUAAAAGUCUGUAAUUUUAGUAAUCUGCGAAGUGUUUUUCCUAAUUCACAUUAAGAAAGCAUAAUUUUGUUGUACAGCUUUCGUUAUUUGUGCUGCUAUACCCCGUGCCGAUGAAUGCGAGUGCAAAAAGGCGAGGGCAGAACAAAAGUGAAAAUUUUUGCUUCAAGGCUAGGGCAAGAGCUGAUAAGGGAUUGCAUUGCAAGUUAUCCGAAAUUUUCGAGGGUGGUAGCAACGCACUCUAGUGCAGGAGAAAAAUGACGUUGGAUGCUAGCGUUUUACCAUCGGAGCUGGUGACCACCGCUCAACCGCUAGUAGGACUAUCCGGACUGGAUGUACAACGGAAUACUAUCCACAAAACAAUCUGGGAUGCUUUCAACAACGGCAAAAAACCAGAAAGUGAAUCUAUUCAGUAUAAAUUGCUUCCCACUAACUAUGAGUUUCCUGUAUCGAAACCAAAACAUCAGUCAUACGAAUGGUAUCAUCCGAAAGGUAUUCUGAAACGGAACUGGAUGCUAAAGCAUUUACACGUUCUUCCGGCAGUAGUAGUGCUCUUCCAAGAUCUUGAAUGGAACGAUCCGCAAUGGAGUGAAAAGCAGCUGCAAUGUGCAUCGAUCAUUCAAUCACUUAAAAAUUCUCUUCAAGGAAGAAACACUCGGUUGGCUGUGAUAUUGCUGCAAAAGGGAACCGCUGUACCACAGGGAGAAGAUAUGUUAGCAUCCGAACGAGCAGCUCAUCUAACCGGUACCUGCGAUAUUACCGCUAAAAUGCUCUUCGUGCUUCCCCACAAUGACCAUUUGAUGGGUCACAUUUCGAGACUGCAUUCAGCCUUCCUGGAACUUGCUCAGUCCUACUACACUCAGAUGAUGAAGCAGAUCCGUUUACAUCGCGACCAGCUGACGGAUUCUCAUCAAAUACUCAAAAUUCGCCAUCAGUUCAAGCAGGGCUUUAUCUCCGAGCUCAAGUUGGAUCAGUCGAACGCCUUGCGCCAUUACCGCCAAACUUAUGCCAAUCUGGAUGAAAUUCGAAUUAUCGAUACAAACUGUCUCGAAAUCAAAACCGUUGCCGGUUUCGUCAACUACAAAAUCUGCCGAUUAUUCUUCAAGCUGAACGCCCCGAAGGACUCAAUUUCCCACUUUAAAAACCAUAUCAACAAAUACCGGAAUCGAGCCGGCUUCAAGGAGUUACUGUUCGAGCAUUAUGCUUGGCUCAGUGUACAGUAUAGUGCAUUCGGAGAGCUGUUCUGCGAUGCUGUCAAGAAUGGACUGGCACCGCUGCAGACCCAGCACCCGGGAAUCUACUUCCACAAAGCGGCCGAAUAUAUCGGCAAACGGAAGGAAACAUUUUUACAGUGCUCGGCACUGGCCCCGACAAGCGAUGGACCGUCGGGUGUGGUAGGGCAGAAUCUAUCAGUGAACUCCAAUUCGGCCCUGUACAGCGAUUUCUUCGGAAUUCGAGGCACGAAAACUGGCGAACCGGUGUCGGAACAGCACAUAAUUUGCUUGGUGCAGGAUAUGGAAAAAGCCUACAAUCACUCAGCCACCAUCAUAACGCUGCUGGGUCAGGCAAUGGCCCAGUACAAGGUGUACAAGUGUCUACGGUUCCGUAAGAAACUAGCCAUCGACAUGGCCGAAGAGUAUUUGAAGUGUGGUGACUAUUCAAAGGCACUCACACUGUACUCACUGAUGCUGUCCGACUACCGGGUGGACAAGUGGUACACAAUUUUCACCGAGGUUCUGCUGAAAACGCUCCGAUCAGCUUAUCUGUCAGCGUCGGUACCGGACUUUGUUGCCUGUAGCAUCGAAGCCCUGUCGCCAAGAAUCGCCAUGGAAAAAGCCGACCGUAUUCUAAUCCUAGAGAAUCUAUGGAAGGUCUUCCAUAAUGUGUCACCAGUAUCCAGCAGUCAAAUUGCACCGGAAUUAUGUACCAGUUGGCAUACGGCACUUACUAGUUUUAACACACCAAUCAAGCUUGAUCUUGAUCGAUUGAACGAUCUACUGGAAUGUAAAAUCAGUUUCGAAAAACGACAGAUUAGGAACGACGAGAAACUGCAUUUGCAGUUGUACGUUCGAUCCAUUGUAGAAGUUCCUUUAAAGUUGAAAAACUUUUCCGUUCUGCUGACAGAUUUAAAAUCUAGUUCGGUGCGUGUGCCUGCGACUGAGUACUGUGAGUACGUUCCAUCGGAAGGCCUAGAACCAACGAGUCUGAAACCGAUCGAAGAAUUUAUUCUAGAACCGCAAAAAUGCUACCGCAUACUGUUCGUUGGGGAGCGUUACCAAUUCAUGGAAAAUGUAGAUGUACACAUCUUUAGACUGGAAGUACAGAUGGGUACCGACCGCACCUUCGCUAUCCUAUCGAAACGGGAAAAGCUGAAUGUACAGGGUGUCUUCAAAAAUUACAAUCCCCAUCGAGAUUGUAUGGAGCAGAUUUCGGUCAUCAGCUCAUGCUACAUCAUUCCGACGUUCCAUUUGGGAUCACAAACGAAGCAGAACAGUCAACCGAUGCUGACGAACGAGUUCUACAAAGUUACUACGAAAAUUAUGAACAAUUCGGAUCUUUGCCUGCAAAAUAUCGGAAUUAGCAUCAGUGUUCCUCAAGCGUUGCGAAACAGUGUGUUCCUUACAACCGAUCUAAGUCAUCCGCUGCAGAAGAUCACCUCCAACGUCCAGAUUGACAUCGGUGAGCUGCAGAUGCAAUCUUCUACGGCAAUUUCAUACUACGCAACCAGUCUGGUCGAAGGCAAUAUCGAACUGCGUCAGCGAUUGUUCUACCAAACAGAGAAUCUGCAUCAAACGAAGGCUGCAGUGGUCGAUUCUCCGUCGACACCGAACAGCGAGAAAGAAGAUCUAGCAAAACUGCUAGCCAGCGACCGGGGCGGCUUGAAAUACAACACUAACCAUAAUAUCAAAAUAGAAUAUCUGAACGAUGAUCAGGUCCGAAAAAUUAAGGAAGACACCGUUGUGUUACCAUGCGUAGAGGAAUUCAAGCUUGUCGGUCGUUUUUAUACGCUUAGUCGAGAACCGUUGGUGAAAGCCUAUAGGAGCGAAGAUUUCAUUCUAAGAGUCAAUAUGGAAGUCAACGCACCGGACGGAUUAGACAUUCUGGAAACAGUGUUUCUGAGUGAUCAUAACAUUAUGGAAAAGCCUUACAAGGGACAGCAGCGGAUUGUUGGGACGAAGUUAUGUCAAAGUACACGCUUCGAAGACCUUCGAAUAUUGAAUCCAUCCAACUGCAGCCGGGAUUGGAUAACACAAAGUGAUUAUCUUAACAACGAUGUUCGACUGGCGUUCAGUCGAAGUCGCACACCGGAUCAUGGUACCAGUGGCGGCUGUCCGUCGAUACCACCUUCCAGACUUCAAACGGACGAUCAAUACAAUCGGAGCCUGCUGGCCAAGCUUCCCACUAACGCAACCAUUAUCGGUAGCACCAAUGCCAAUCUAUCGAAUCAGUUGAACCUACCACUAACCAGUACUUCGUCCAAUUCUUCUAUCAAUAAUGCUGCCUCUGCGGGAUCGUCACCGUUGCCUCCUGCACAACUGCAAUCAGGACUGAUGACAUCAUCCACGGGGAGUGCGGACGAUUUCAAGGUCCGACCAUUACCUACGUCAACGACGACCCCCGGUGAUGACCAACAGCUGCGAGAUGAUUUCGCCAAAGGUUCGUCGCGUUCGAAAAAUAUUUACAAUCAAGCAAUAGACUGUGUUCAAUUGACUAAUAACGAACGAAACGGGUUCAUCAAUGCCAACCUAAGCUCGCUGACGGGUAGAGCACGAAGUUUGGAACCAAGCGGAAGCGACGCGGCAGCGGGUGACAAGCACGAACGAGCACUCAUUUUUGGAGUCUACUGUAUUCGGUGGUGCCGAAGCUGUUCGCCUAAUGUGAUCAACGAAUCAAAGUUUGUGAUCAACGGUAUUGAAGUGAUUGAUCCGUCCCUCAAUUUGUACUGCUACUUGGAGGAAAAAAUGUACGUCCGCGUUCCAAUGACCCUUCGAAUCACACUGAAGAAUUCAACGCGAAAGAUUCUCCACCUACAGGCCGUUCUUAACAGUUCCGACAGUUUCAUGUUUUCCGGACAUCGGCAGCUGACAGUAACGAUAUUUGCCUUCUCGACGUACGAUUUGCUGUUCAUUCUGUACCCGUUGAAAGCAGGAUGGCAACCACUGCCCGAACUACAGCUCGAGUACGUAAGCCAUGGCGGUACCACACUCAGUAAUCAAACGGGAACCCAAUCCGGUGGAGUAGUUUCGGGGCAUGGCUCUGGCGAGAUCAGUAUCACUCAAACGGGCGAAGCAAUCGAAGCAGCUAAUGAUAGUUUCGAAAAUCAGCUGAAGGCCGAACUCGAUUCGCUGGUCAAACGAUGGAUGCCUAAGACCGUGUUCAUUCAUCCUCCCACACGCAACUGAUGAAGAUGGCUAACGUGUAUAGCAAUAAUGCCUUGACUAUUUUUAUCGUAUAUCUGUUUCGUCAGAACAAGAAGUCCUUGGUCGCUACAUAAUACUGUUUUUUUUUUUAAUUUUCUGAUAAACUUUCUUAGCAAAAGCAUCAAACAAAUCUGAAAAGUAAUAUAUUAGUUGUUAUUUGAUUAACAGAUAGAAGGUUCAUCAGUGAUCGAAACAUGUGGAUUCCAAUGAAUGAAAGCAAUUGGAUUGUUCAGCGGUGAAUAGUUUGAAAACUAGACGUAAACUGUGUUAUAUGUAUAUAUUCCAAAAAUAGUCAUAAACUAUCGGAUAACACAUUGAAUGAUAGGGUUGAUGCACUUUUGAAAUAGUCGUAUGUAGAAAUUUUUCCAAUCUAGAUAAGCGAAUUGAAAAAAAAACCGUAGAACUACAAACUCCUAGACAGUUGCAAAUGAUAAUUAAGUGUUGGAGCAUGAACAAGAGUUUUGUGUGUUCGACAAGGUUGAAUGCACUAGUUACAAUAUUAUUUAUUGAUUCAAAUUGA